CAAAAUGGUCGGUGUGAGUAGCAGUCCAACGUCACGAGUUCGAAAUUUGACUUGAACACUAGUUCAACAUCUCGUCUUCCUGCUUCCAACCUAUAGAAAAUCUCCACGUCUACAAAAAUAAAGUGUGGUUGAUAUUUGCUGUUUAUUUCCAGCUAAGCAAAUCAAAACGUGGAGGAAAUUCUGAAAAACAGCAACAGUGUCAAAUCAAGUCACGAAAACCAAAUCCGAAUCAUCACUGAAGGAUUGCAGGUGCAGCUUUUGAAAAAAUUCUUGUAUUUUUCUGUUCAGGGUAUAAUUUUGUUUGUCUCGGUGUGGAAAUGUGUGAAGUGAGGUCUGUACACUGCAAAUUUUGCGGUGGCAACUUCAAAUCACUGCAGAUAAAAAAUCGUUUAUAGUUCCACGCGCUCGUUCAAGAGGAUUGGUGUUGAGGUACGUUUAUUGUGCGAUAAUCUUUGCGGAGUCGUUCGCGUAGAAACUUUGAGGUACUUCCAAAUUUUUACGAAUCAAAACAUCUGUAUAUUCUGUUUUUCAAUUUUCUGGUAAUUAUUUCACCGCUCAGAUCUUAAUAGUUAAUAUUUUUUCCCAAAGAUUUUGCUAAAGGAUCGAACCACCUGUGUAUAUUCCAUUAUUCGAGUUUCUGAUAAUUUUUGGUUUCCCAAAGGUUUUGUUUAAAGGAUCAAACCAUCCGUAUAUUCUAUUAUUCGAUUUUCUAAUCAUUAUUUGAUCACUCAAAUUUUAAUAGUUUUUUUUUUCCCGAAGAUUUUGUUUAAAUGUUGUGCUCUUCUUCGUCCACCGAGAAUUUGGAAGUUAAUGAUGAGAAGUGUCUGACUUGAUCGGCAAAAUGCUCAUCCUAAGGUUUUUUAACUUUUUCGUAAAAUUUUAGUCGAGAAGUGUAAAUUUUUUUAAUGGCUUCGGCGCACGAUGUUAUUCUAAGGCUUAAUACUAAAGACAAGGUACAAAUUUCUACACUUUAAUCGAUGAAAUCGUCGUACAACAACAUUUCCUUUUAUUUUCGGAAAUUUCAAUGUUUGAAAUGUAAAUUUUCUGCUGCCUUCGGCUGAAAAUGUUACUUAACGCUUGAAUUUUUUUUAAUAUUUUAAUCAUUCUGCCACGCAACAGACCCUCGUAUUAGAGUCAAUGCAUUUUCUAGAAUUUAAUCGCCGAAAUGUCGACGUAUUCUGAUUUUUCCAUAAGAUUUUAUAUGCGACACUUUAAAUUUAUUGUUCUCGUGAGCCUUGAUGCAAUAAAUUGCAAUGCUAGAGGCAUCGGCCAUGUCAAGAUAUUGUCGUAUAUUUUUUAGAAUUCCCUUCGUCUGUCUUUAUCUCCUAUAACUUUUGAAGUUUUGUGUCUGUGAGAGAGCUGAUUACGAACCUCAUUUGAAUAAAUAACUGCGGGAACAAUGAAGUAAGAAGGAUUUCCUUUGCAUAGGGAUCUAUAAAACCACACGCAAUGCUUUAUUCUUUGUAAUUUGACUUGAAAACCUUAAUAAAUAUGAACUUUAGCUCACAGAAACUCAAAAACUAUCUUUUUCCAGGUUUAUGACUCGCUGAAUCUAGUGUUAUAAUACUAAAACAGUCAUGUUUCAUUCUAGUAAGCCAGUUUUGUUUGAUUGGGUGUGAAAUUCAAUUUUACCUUUUUUGAACUGGUGAGUCUCAGGGUUCAAACCAUGCUUUGCAUUGGGUGUGAAAUUCAAUAUUAUUUAUUUUGAAAUGUUGAGUCUCAGGGCUCAAACCAAACUUUGGAUUAUUAGCCACCUUAGAUCAAGCUUGGCUGUUGGAGUUAUCCAACAGAGAAUACAAGACUGUGGCUGUGAAAGGCUUUUUGGGUGACCGUAGAUUGCACCAAAUCAGAGGAGGUAUCACCCCAGCCCUGCCAACGGUGAAAUUCCAACAGUCUCAUCAGUGUGAGGUCACAGUGGAUUAAUUUGGAAACUUUUCUUUGGCCAUUGCUAUGGGUAUCUGCAUGUCUAUCUGUGAAGGAUGUGGUGAUCCCUUGCCAAAGUCAAGGGAGAGGCCUCUGGAAGAAGAAGAUAUUAAAGUUUUAGAAAUAGAGAAAAGGAAAGAUGAGCAGCUAGCGUGCCUUCCAGGCAGAAUAUGUGUGAAUGGAUCAACGGCUAAUGCAUCAAUCUACUCUCAGCAAGGAAAGAAGGGAAUAAAUCAGGAUUGUAUGCUGGUUUGGGAGGAUUUUGGGAACCAGGAAGAUACAGUCUUUUGUGGUGUUUUUGACGGCCAUGGUCCACAUGGACAUUUAGUUGCCAGAAGAGUAAGGGACUCUUUACCUUCAACAAUAAUAGAUCAAUGGCAAGAGCAGAUUGCAGCUGACUCUAGUUCUUCAAAUGGAAACCAAUCCACGGACUCUAGUGAAUUAACAGAAAGCAAUGUGAAAGAUGAUUCAGAUUUGGACAAGGAUAAGUCUCGGAUGUAUUCCAUGUGGAAAGAGUCACAUCUAAGAGCUUUUGAAGUGAUGGAUGAGGCACUCCAAUGGCAUCCUAUUUUGAACUGCUCUUGCAGCGGGACAACAGCUGUAACUGUUAUUAAACAGGAUCAGGACCUUGUGAUUGCAAAUGUUGGAGAUUCACGGGCUAUUUUGGGAACAUUGUCAGAUGAUAACAAAUUGAUGGCCGUUCAAUUGACUCGCGAUUUAAAGCCAAAUGUACCUCAGGAGGCAGAACGGAUAAGGCUAUGCAGAGGUCGAGUAUUUUCUUCAGAAGAUGAACCUGAGGUAUAUAGAGUCUGGUUACCAAAUGAUGACUCCCCAGGUCUUGCUAUGGCUCGAGCCUUUGGAGACUUUUGCCUUAAGGACUUUGGGGUUAUUGCUGUUCCAGAAAUCACAUACAGACAUCUCACAAGUAGAGAUCAGUUCGUUGUGCUUGCAACAGACGGGGUUUGGGAUGUUCUUACAAAUGAAGAAGUUGUUCGCAUAGUGUCCUCUGCACCUAGGGAAGAGGCUGCAAAAGUAGUUGUUCAGAGAGCAGUCCGUGGUUGGAAGCGUAAAUACCCAACCUCCAGGAUGGAUGAUUGUGCCACAGUAUGUUUGUAUGUUGAUUCACAAUCUGCUGUUAGGAAGGACAACCAUGAGCAUUUGGAAAGUAUGGAUGUAAAUGUUAAUGAUACCUCUCAAAAUAAUGCUGUGAGCAGUAAUACUGUUGGGGAAGAGAAAACUGAAAAUCCAUCAAAACAAGAGGGGCAAAAUAACAAAGAAUCCCGUCGGACCCUUGCUGAAUGUAUUGCUACGGACGAAUGGUCUGCUCUUGAUGGUAUGAGUAGAGUGAACUCUCUUUUAAGAUUGCCCAGAUUCAUUAAGGGAGAUGAAAAAAUAUGAAGAAUAACUAGCCAAAAUUCUUCAGUGAAUCGCGGAUAUCGAACUUCUUCUGCCACUGCCUAGUGCCAGAUUCGUUGCAGAGAGUGUCAAGACAUUCAGUGUGCAGCGGUUUUUUGUGUCAAAAUAUCUUGUAUUUUACGAGGGAUGUGGUAAGAGCACUCAAGAUGCAAUUGAUGGUGGACUUUUGUCCAACAAUUAAUUUGGUUUUAUUAAGUUUAUUUAUUUAUUUUUAAAUUCA